AUGUUAUCAAAACAACAUAAAUUCACAAAUUAUUUAUUAAAAAUUAUUUUUUACUAUCUUGUUAUUUCUCAACAAAUUAAUGGUUUUUUUUUACUUCCAACAUCAUCUAAACCAAUUGAUGGAGAUGAAUUUUAUAAAAAUUCAAAUUUAACCCCACAACAAAUAAAUAGACAAAUGAUGAAAAAUGAGAAUAUCGUAUUUGAUGGAAGAUUUAGAAGCGGAAAUAUUGAUGGUAUUAAUUCAAAUACAUUAAAAUAUAGAUAUAUUUAA